AGGAAACGAAACUUACCCUGUUACACUGUCUGCAGGGAGCCAUGGCUGCAGCCGUGAAUCCUUUGAAGAGCCUCCGAGAGGAAGCUACUUGCUCCAUCUGUCUGAGUUUUUUUAAGGAUCCAGUGUCCUUAGAUUGCGGGCACAAUUUCUGCCAAGCCUGCAUCACCCAGUGCUGGGAGGGACCAAAUACAGACACCUGCUGCCCUCAGUGCAGAGAGACCUUUCCCCAGAGGACCCUCAGGCCGAACAGACAACUGGGGAACUUUGUAGAAAUAGCCAAGCAGCUGAGUUUCCAAACAGCGGCAGCAGCAGGAGGAGGAGAUUUGUGCAAGGUGCACCAGGAGCCUUUCAAACUCUUCUGUAACCAGGACCAAAUGCUCAUCUGUGUGAUCUGCAGGGAGUCCCAGGCUCACCGCGCUCACAGGGUGGUCCCCACAGAGGAGGCUGCCGGGGAGCACAAGGAACAAAUUCAAACCCGACUGAACACCCUGAAGCAAGAGAGAGAAGAACUUCUGGAGUGGAAACAGGAUGGAGAGAAGCAAAGCCAGGAAUAUCUGGGAAAGAUAGAAGCUGAGAGGCAGAAGAUUGUGUCUGAAUUUGAGCAACUGCGGCAGUUGUUGGAGGAACAAGAGCAACUCCUGCUGGCCCAGCUGGAAGAGUUGGACAAGGAAAUUGUGAAGAUACAGGAUGAAAAUGUCACCAAACUGUCUGAGGAGAUUUCCCGUCUCAGUGACUUGAUCAGUGAGAUAGAAGAGAAGUGUCAGCAGCCAACAAGUGAAUUCCUGCAGGACAUCAAAAGCACCUGGAGCAGGUGUGAGAAGGUGAAGUUCGAGAAACCAAUGGCUGUGCCACAGGAUGUGAGCGAGAGAGUUGGCAUCUCUUCCCAAAGAAAUGUUUGUCUACAGGAGGCUCUGAAGAAAUUCAAAGAGACCCUACCCUAUCAACUGAACUUUCUGAUCUCAAAGGCAGAGAAAGAAGCACCCCCAGCAAGGGCGAGGGAUCGGGGGAGGAGACCGAGAUCCCCUCUGCCACGGAUCCACAGGAUUCGUGCUGCAGCCCCCGCUUUGGAACAGUCUCUGGGAGGAGCCCCUUCGAUGGGCCAGACCACCAACAUCAGCCCCCUCUUCCUCCAGGUGCAGGCCACUCCGGAUCCAGACCUGGGAAUUCCCUGUUCCGUCGUGUCCACAGAUAAGAGUGUGAUACAGAAAUACCAAAACAUGGGAUAUGUAGGGACACAGAACAGGUUUCACCCUGCUGCCUGUGUGCUGGGCUAUAAGGGCUUCACCUCAGGGAGAUGUUACUGGCAAGUGGAGGUGGGGAACAAACGUAAUUGGGUUUUGGGCAUUGCCAAAGAGUCUGUGAUACAUAAGGGAGCGAAAAGCCGUACACCAGAGAAGGGGAUCUGGGCUUUGCAGAGUACAGGGAAUGGGUACUCGGCCCUCACCUCCCCUGAGACUGCUCUGGCCCUACCUUGUAGCCCCAGUAACAUUGGGGUUUAUCUGGAUUAUGAAGGGGAGAAAGUUACAUUUUAUAACGUUACAUCUUCUGGCAGAGAGCCAAUCUUUACUUUCACAUCUUCUUUCACUGGGAAGAUCAUCCCCUUCUUUGGGAGCCGGCGUGUAGAAUUUCUGCAAAAAGAAAAGGAUUACUUGUGGCACCUUAGAGACUAACCAAUUUAUUUGAGCAUAAGCUUUCGUGAGCUACAGCUGUACUCCACAAGUACUCCUUUUCUUUUUGCGAAUACAGACUAACACGGCUGUUACUCUGAAACCUAGAAUUUCUGAGUUCACGGGAAAGCAUACCGUUUAGUGGUCACUGUCCUACAUAUCGUUAAUCCCUGUGACAGAGGAGUAGGGAUCACUCAAUAUGAGAUAUCUAAAGUGGAGCAAAGACAUAGGUAAUAUAUAAAUUACAGCUAUCACACUUUGCCAUUCUAAUCACAGUCUGGUCAGCCUCAAGCAUUCAAAAACUGUCAGGCCCCCCAAAAUCAUGAGAUUGGCUUAAACAUCUUUUUAAAUAUUGUGUUAUUUUCUUUGCCUUCUGGUUUUUCAGCUUUUGGGGUGUUCUUGUUUCCAGUUUUCAAUCUUUGCUACACAAACGUGAAGGCUGGAAAUGUAUCUGUAGUAUAAUCUGAGGUUGCCUUGCAAUCUAUCUACUCCUGCUGCUGGGACUUUAAGAAAAACACCAAGUGCUGCGAGACUCACAAUAAAAUGAUGAGAGAGGACAAGACUGACUUGCUUAGCAUUAUACUGGUGACAGGAGUUUCUCGACCCUCUUACAUGCCUGUCUCUGUAACUCUGUGAUCCUCCAGGCACACAAAAACUGGCCAACCAGCAGCCACCAGGAGCCACUCCCAGGGUCACAGCAGAGCCUGCCUGUCUUAGGGCAGGUCUACACUUAAAAUACUGCAGCAGAACAAAUGCACCGGUGCUGCUCCGCCGCUGUAAUGCUUAAGUGAAGAUGCUCCUAUGCCGACAGGAGAGCUUCUCCCAUCAGUGUAGUUAAUCCACCUCUGAGAGAGGCGGUAGCUAUGUCCAGGGGAGAAGCUCUCCCGUCAACGUACCGCUGUCUACACCAGGAGUUCAGUCAGUACGACUGUGUUCACUGAGGGGUGUGGAUUUUUCACAGCCCUGAGCGAUAUAGUUCUACCAAUGGAAGUUUAUAGUGUAGACCUGGCCUAAGUUCUGACUCACUUCGGGUCAUCCAUCAAAGUCCUCUGCUCUUUACUUGUGAAUAUGAAAACCAUAGUGGUGUUUCCCUCUCCCUCCAAUUCCCUAGCUCAAUGCUCCUAUUUUGCUCUGUUUAGGUAUUUGAAUGCUGUAGAUUCAGAUGAGUAAAUUCACAGAAUAAAGUUUAUUUCUAUCUUCUG